AUGGAUGAUGCUGCAGUCCUCAGAAGAAAAGGUUACAUCAUGGGGAGCAAUUUAGGGGAGAGCUCUUUUGCCAAAGUGAAAUCUGCCUACUCAGAGCACCUGAAAUUUAACGUGGCAGUGAAAAUUACCGACAGGAAAAGAGUUUCUGCUGAGUUCUUGGAAAAAUUUCUCCCCAGGGAACUGGAGAUAUUGGCAAAUGUAAACCAUUGUUCCAUCAUCAAGAUAUACGAGAUCUUUGAGACAUCUGGCAAAGUCUAUAUAGUCAUGGAGCUCUGUGUACACGGAGACUUACUGGAGUUCAUCAAGAGCAACCGGGGUUUACCUGAAGGAGUAGCACGGAAAAUGUUUCGCCAGCUAUCUUGUGCCGUCAAAUACUGUCACGAUUUGGACAUUGUCCACAGGGACCUGAAGUGUGACAACAUCCUACUGGACAAAGACAUGAACAUCAAGCUGUCUGACUUUGGCUUUUCCAAACGGUGCUUUUGGGAUGAGAAUGGGAGAAUGAUCCUUAGCCAAACCUUCUGUGGCUCGACUGCUUAUGCAGCUCCUGAAGUGAUACAAGGUAUUCCCUAUCAGCCCAAAGUUUAUGAUAUAUGGAGUCUAGGCGUCAUUUUGUAUGUGAUGGUCUGUGGGUUUAUGCCAUAUGACGACUCCAAUGUUAAGAGAAUGGUCCGCCUACAGAAAGAGCGGAGAGUAAUCUUCCCAGACUUCUUGACACAAGAAUGCAAAGAUCUUAUUUUCCGAAUGCUGCAGCCCAAUGUGUCCCACCGGCUACGAAUUGAAGAUGUUUUGAGCCACACUUGGGUGCAAGGGAAGCACCGGAAGUCAUACCACACAUGCUUGAAUAAUCAAUAAACCACUAAACACACAA